UUUGAUUCAAUCGUUAAGCAGACGCCAGACGUCACAGACACACCUUAAAAACACAACACCAAGUCACCACACAGGCCUGUCACUCAACGUAGGCCACACCGGCACCUCAGACUGGUUAACGCUUGAAGAUGGACCACAGUAGAAGGAAUGCCAUUGGCAAACCCAAAUUCAGGGUAGCUACUUGCGAAAAUUGGUCGGGAGAGGCAACCAGAGGAGGUGUUUUCCGACUGGAUGAACAAAGCGUCUACGUCACUAUCGGUGAUAAUGCGGUUGUCAAGAAAGGAGUUCGCAAGGAGGACCCCAUAUGGAUGAGAGAAAGUACCGUCGAUAAUGAAGCUGCUACCAGCACCAAUGACAAUAUUGCUGGACCUACGAUCAUUGACGAGAUGGAGCUACCUACUCUCUCUACGGAGAAGAAUCGCAACCAAGAAGACAUCAUGUCGGUCCUUAUGGAACUCGAAAAACCAAGUACAAAGGCCGCUGUUCCAGCCAAUUCAAGUGAUGUCGAGCUGAUGGACACUGACUCGGAAGAAGAAGUUUCUCUGGUGAGAGUUGGAAACUUGGAAUUCCCUGUUCAAGAAGUUCCAGCUGAACAGGUUGCCCGGAUGGCGGCUUCCGAAAAGGAUGCCUACGUCGACUUGCACUUCUUGUAACCAUUGCUACCUCUCGAUGAAUAUUUGUACUAAGGCUAUUUCGAUUCCUGGUGUAACUUGUCUACUUCUCGCCAGAUACUCCCUGGUUUUCUCGAUCUCUGUUUUCUCAAGGUGCUAUUUGCUCGGUUUCUCAAAUGUGCGAAAGACAAAGAAAAAAUUCUUCCUUUUCCGUUUACUCCUCUCUUUCGUUUCUUCUUCCGUUUUGCAUCUGUGAGACUUGAGACUUCUCAAAACAAAAUUUAAAAACACUACAGAUUCGAUUACACUUUGAUUAAAUUUUU